AUGAAGGAAACCUCACCCGACCCCCCCGAUAUAGACAGAAAACGCUCUUCCGCAAUACCAAAGGCCCCUUCGCCGUCCCUAAACGAACCCGCCAACAACGCGUCCGAUAGCUUCCUCGAAGUCAAUGUCACCGGCAACCCUCGCGCUGCCGUCGACGCGGCUCACGAAAAGCUCGUCCACAACCAACAUGUCUCCCUCAGCACCCUCUCUGGGCACCUUGCGGCCGCUCCAUCUCCGCAAGAUGAGAGGCAGGGGUCUGUCCUAGACCCCAAGCCGACCCAGGACAGCGCGAGCAACAACACUGACGACGAGAAUGGGAGCAUCAUCCCCACCAAAAAGGGCCGCGGCUUCAUCGCAGAAGUCCGUCGCACCUUUCACAUGGCCCUGACCUACAGCUGGCUCAACGUCUUGCUGGUCUUUGUGCCCAUUGGCAUCGUCGUCGCAAACGUCCCCGGCGUCCAUGGCGGCAUCGUCUUUGCCAUGAAUUGCAUAGCCGUCAUCCCCUUGGCUGGCCUCCUCAGCUUCGCCACCGAGUCGGUGGCUUGCAACAUGGGCGACUCGCUCGGAGCUCUGCUCAACGUCACCUUUGGCAACGCCGUGGAACUCAUCAUCUUCAUCAUCGCCUUGGUCAAGAAUCAAAUUCGAAUCGUCCAGGCGUCCCUGCUUGGCUCCAUCUUGGCAAAUCUGCUCCUCAUCCUCGGCAUGGGAUUUUUCCUGGGUGGAUUGCGCUAUCGGGAACAGAUUUACAACAGCACCGUGACGCAGAUGAGCGCAUGUCUCCUGAGUCUGAGUGUCAUCAGUCUUGUGCUGCCUACCGCUUUCCACGCAUCUUUCAACAAUGCUGCCCAGGCGGAUAAGGAGUCUCUCAAAAUCAGCCGCGGAACCAGUGUGAUUCUGCUGCUCGUAUAUGUGAUAUAUCUGCUCUUCCAGCUCAAGUCGCAUGCAUACAUGUACGAGUCAACUCCGCAGCACAUCGUCGAUGCCGAGUCAAUUCCAGGCCCUGCCGCCGCGUGGCUGGACACGUCGAGUUCCGACGACAGCUCGUCGUCCAGCUCCGACUCGGACUCGUCUGGCCAUUCGAGAGAUACAAUGCGUCGCAAGAUGAAGCAGGUUCUCCGGAAGGGCCGGAAAAGAAAGUCAUCCUCCACCUCCAGCGACACGGGGGACACGGCCGCCAUUCGGAACAGCUCGCUUGGCAACGGGAACGCGAGUGCCCUUGAUGAGGCGACUUCGGAAUCGUCGUCAUCGCGGCCUCACCUGAUGCCCCGCAUCCCCUCGACAGAGACCAAUGACGAAGCUGUCGAGGACGAAAAGUCUCGGAAGCGCAGCAAGAGGCACCGCCUCCAUCGCCACAGACGGAGGCACAGAAGACACCGUCACGACGACGAUGCUUGCGAACUGCAGCCGACCAUCAGCGAGCGACCCGAGACUGGCCUCGGCAGCCACGCAGGGGGUGAACCGCGUCGUGUCGACUUUGCCGUUCAAGACGAGCUCAUCCCCGUUGAAGCUGCUGUGGAAAGCGCAGCUUUGCCCGGCCCUUCUAGGCUGCCAUUUCCGAUCCUUCGUGGAGUGUCAGUCAAGAGUCUCGCGCCCACCGUCUUCGUCCAGAAGCCGGUGCAGCACGGGGCCACGCCGCAAGCUUCGGUUGGUCCGGUGCCCAGGGUCCGCUCGCUCACCGGUGCCAACGGCGCGCCCGGGGGCACGCAAGCAGGCAAGAGCGACGAGGGAGAGCAUCUUUCACGGGUUGCGUCCAUCAUUCUGCUGCUCUUGACGACUGGCCUGGUGGCGGUGUGCGCCGAGUUUCUCGUCGGGUCCAUCGAGGCGGUGACGAAGACGUCGACAGUCGGAGAAGUAUUUAUCGGACUCAUCAUCCUCCCGAUUGUGGGCAACGCGGCAGAACACGUCACGGCGAUUACGGUGGCAAUGAAGAACAAGAUGGACCUUGCAAUUGGCGUGGCCGUGGGCAGCUCGAUCCAGAUUGCCCUUUUCGUGACGCCCCUGGUUGUCAUUCUUGGAUGGAUCAUCGGGCGGGACAUGACGCUUUACUUUACGCUGUUUGAGACGGUCAGUCUGUUCGUGUCGGCUUUCAUGGUCAACUUUCUCGUCUUGGACGGACGCAGCAACUACCUCGAGGGGGCGCUCCUGUGCGCCGUCUACAUCAUCAUUGCCAUUGUGGCCUUUUUCUUCCCGAGUGAGCAGGAGUCGAGCGCAUGGGGAGUGUAG